CAGUAUAAACCAGUAACCCCAAAUCCCCUCCCACUCCCGCCACCAUGGACCUCCUCCAAUCCCUCCAACUCCUGGCCCGCGACAACCUCUCCUUCUUCUCCCCGUCCCGCUCCACCUCCGGCACGUCGCGCCGCUUCGCCGACGCCUUCGCCGCCCUCCUCCAUCACGGCCGCCAUCUUGGCCCCGCCCUGGCCCACCUCACCCAGGUGGCGCCGAACUUCGACCUGGACGAGGCCACGCCCGGCAACGGCUACCGCAGCCUGAUCCACGUGGUCCAAGUCUGCCUGGACCGCGCCGUGGAGCGGAGCCGUUACGUGGCGGCGCACCGCAAGAGCCUCUUCUUCCGCGCCGGCGCCAACGCCGCCGAGAUCGAGGCGGUGGCGGCGGCCUUGGGGCAGCUCAGGGCCUUGUUGGUGCUGGCCGGCAAGAUGGCGGCGGUGGCCAAGCCUGGGUGUCUUUUCCCCGAUGUGGGGAAGGUGGAGGAGGAGGAGGAGGAGGAGGAUGAGGAAGAGGAGGAGGAAGAAGGGAUCAGCGAUGUGGUGCUGCGGGAGUACAGCACGAUGCAAAAUGGCUGCUUCUACGGGCGGUGCUUGGGCUUCCAGAUCAUUGAUUGGUUGGUCUUGGCUUGGUUGGUCUUGGUUUGA